UUAGGUAUGUAAUACGGAAAUGGUUGUCAUUGUGGAACAUGAUUCGAAAAAAAAAUGUUGAGCUGCUUGUUCAACAUUGCCAGUAUAAAAAAAACCUUUUUCUGUUGUUGUGGUUCUAUUGAAUCGUGGAAGCGCAUUUCAGUCGUAGCUGAACGGUGCAGUUGGAAGAUAAUUUUUAUGGAUAUUAUAAAUUUGAGCUUUGUUGUGCUGUUGAGUUUAAUUUACUCUUUCGUAACCGAAGUUAGGUUGUUCACAGACUAUGCACUAGAGUCGGCAAUUAUUUUAAAUGAAACAUCUAGAGUUCCUGGCUACGGAAAUAUGACGUUGAAGCGAUCAGCUCACAUGAAUCCCAAAAUUUUCCUAGAAAUUGAGCUCACCCAAAAUCUUGAAGACUAUGAUGCAGACGGAAGGGUAUUUUACAGUCCCUUGGGUAACAACCGAUAUCUCCUAUUGCCAUUUAAGGUUAACCGUCAACCAAUCUGUAAAAUACUGAACACUGCAUAUCGCGACAGAGCUAUGCACGACAUUCACAAGUAUUCCAACUUUCCGUUUUCUGAGGACAAAAGUGUGGACCUAUGUGGUCUAAUGCCGCAGGGACAUUACUACUGGCACAACUAUUCAGCUGAUCUGUCCAUAAUACCUCGCUCAAUAGCAACGGGCAGAUAUCGAGUUCAAUUUCGAUUUUACAAGAGAAACGUUAGAGAGUCAUGCAAAGGGGUUGAAUUUCAGUCGCUGUUCACUUAGUGGACGCUAUACUACGGGUA